UGGUUUCAGUUGCGGCCACACUGGCCGAAACAAAAAAAGUUGCGCAAAACAAAAAAGAAUAACAUUAACAAUGGAUUUGCAAUUCGACGACUAUUGGAACCGAUCCUCCCGAGCGGCGUUCAGCUUCGACGACGAGGAUGAGGUGGACCUCGCCCCGGAACUGGCCAGCAAUGGGAUCCUCGCCGACGACACCAUUUCGGAGGCCAGUUUCAACAACAGUGCCACCCUGAAUCUCUCGAUCAAGUCCAUUCUGAGCGAGGAGGCUCUGAAACUGGUGCUUCAGGAGCAGGCACUGGACGACCGAGUCCUGCCCAAGGGCGUCUCGCCGGAGGAGGAGCUAAAGCUGCUGCGCCGCCAACUCCAGAGCACUCUUUACAGUCCCAAUCUGGAGGCCACCGCGCAGAAGUUGCUGCAGGGUAAGACUGCUCCGUUGGAGAUGUUCAAGUCCCUGCAUGAGAAGCAGCAGCUGCUGGAUACCCUGAUGGCCCAAGGUGGUGGCCAUGCCGUCAUCACUGUGCUGCUGUUCCUCAAAAGAACCCUUAAUACGGCGCAAUUUCAUGGCAUUCUCAGGGAGCGUCCCAAGGCCUUGGAGCAGUACCUAAGUUAUCUGAAGGAAAGCGGUGACCUGGCCAGUCACAUCGAGCUACUGCAGCGUUUUGGACGCCACCAGGAGGCGGCUCUUAAGCAGUUCCAGGCCGCUCUGGCUGCAGGAGAUGUGAGCACAAGAAAAAAACAUCUCCAGCUCCUGGUAGAUGCCUACGCCACUGCGGGAGUGGGUGUGAUACCUCUCUACGAGCAGGUUUUCCAUGCUGCCCUCAAGAUGCAGCAGAUAAUGGAGAAGGAAAACGGACUGAGCAAGAUGCUCCGCGAUCAGCCCACGCCCAUUGAAGUGCUCUAUGCCUGCUGCCAGGCUAACAGCAACUGGAAGGAGCAGGAUAUGCUGAAACCCGUGUCCCCCCAGCGAUUUGCAGCCGAUCAGCAAAUAUCCCCGGCACAAUACGAAUGGACUGCUCUAAAUGAACGGGCACAGGCACAGGCCUAUGCGGAUCUGGAGUGCAUAUUUGAGCGUGUGCCAAGCUGGCAUCCGCUAAAGACAAAGCAGUUCCACAUCAGCUUCGACCUGACUCUGGCCGUUCUUCGCCUUUACGAGCUGCAGGCUCCGUCUACCGUUCUGCAGCUAUUCCUCUCCAAGAUGGGCAACAGUGGGGAGAAACUAGCGCUGGCACAGCGGGUGAAGUGCAUCAAGGCGGUCAUCGAUGCCAUGGCCGGGUUGAAGCAGCACCAGGAGCUGCAGCAACUCAAGGACACCCUGCCCGAGCGAUCCGAGGAGCAGUUCUACUGCGAGAACGCUCUGAAAAGCCUGCAGAGCAAGCGGUGGACCACGGACAACAUCAAGCUCAAACUCUAGGAUCAUCUCUUUUAU